AUGGAAAAUAAGCGAUGCUUCUAUGCAAACUGUGAAAUUGAAGUUGAAUAUGUAUGCCGAUGCACAUCUCCUGAGACUUAUUCUUGCAAGGCACACUUUAUGACUCAUUGUGAACUGAGAAACAGAACUCAUACUUUUGAGUCUGUAUUUUUGGAGCCUUUUGAAGGAACCAAAGAUGCCAUUCUUAAGUUCCUUACAGAAGAAAAGGCUAUGAUUGAUGAGCAUAAAGGAAAAAUUGUGGCCUCUUUCAGCAGUAAUAUUUACAGUUCAGAAACCAACCUUGAAGAUUUCCUAAGAAAGCUAGAGUCUGAGCUCGAGAAAAUUAGGUGUUUCUUUGAGAAAAUUUCAAAAGCUAAAAGGCUGUCAAAAAUGGAGCAAGAUCCAAUUUUAAACCUAUUGUCUUUGUGCCCUGAUGAAGCUAUUGAGAAGCUUAAAGAAAUGAUCCCAAAAAGCAAAGACUUUUUCAGCAGCUCGGAAUUGUUCUGUGGACUUAGUGAUCAAAUCGAGAAAAUGAUUAAUUCAUUUAUUAAAAACAAAUUUGAAGCUUAUCUCGAAAGCAGAAUUUGCAGCAUUGAAAAAAGGCUUGAUGAGCAUAUUGACUCAAAUAGCAGUCAACUUGCAGAAAUAAAGUAUAGCAUUUCUAAUCAAUGAAGUGAAGCUGAGGAAGAUAGAAAGUCUCAAAAUUUUAAAUACGAAGUGAUAAAUUCGCUUAUUAUUAAACUUGAAGAUACAAUCCAGCAUCUUAAUAGCAAGCUCUAUAGCAUAGAAAAAGCUUUCGAUGAAAAUAAUUAUAGCGUCGAAGGGUGUUAG